AUGGUUUGCACCGAGCGCACGGGGUUAAGGAACCUUUACUCGAUUGUUCGCUAUGCAACUACUCCUGGUGAAUGCCGACGAAAGCACCUUGCUGAUCAUUUCGAAGAAAAGUGGAAGAGAGAGCUAUGUCCAAAAGCAUGUGACGUUUGCGCAAAUGCCUCGGAAGCUAUAGAAAUGGACAUUACAGCAGCGAUUAGAGGGAUGCUCAAGAUUAUACGAGAGUUUUGA